AGGCUCUGAGUGGACCACUUCCGCUCAACUUCCCGGAACGGAAAGUGUACGUAUGGCUUAGUGUGCAUGUUUGGCAGAAAAUAUUGCUUUCAUCCCUACCUGUUGUUGAAACUUUUUGGAAUGGAUUCACCUACGGGCAAUGAUCCGUCGGGUUCUUCCUCAAAAGGAGCUGAAACUCUUCCAGAUGCAACUGGCGCCGAUGAUCUGGAUCAUGGCAAGGGACCGUCCGACGACACUGGAACAGAUCAAAAUUCUUCGACGAGCGACAACACGAGAGAUUCAGCGAAAAACCCGAAAUCAGAAGACGAGAAACCCUCGGACAUUGCAAAAAUUGAAGAGUCCUCUUCAAUGAAAAGCACAGACGAAGAUGCAACCGACAACGUAAACUCAGAAAGUUCUGCGGUAAGUUCUUUCAAGAAGGAAGUGAAAACGUCCUGACAUGUUACCCAAUCUCAUCAUCGUUCAUCUUUGUGAAAAAAGUUCCUAACGAGUUCCAAUAAUCUUUUGCUUUUUAUGGGGUGUGAUCACCCAUGAUAUCCCCUUCUGCUCUGCAGGAAGUGCAAGGAAGUGGAUUAUUUGUCAACACCUUUAAAAAAAAUGUCUGAAGGGUCCAAUUAUUUUCAGCUUAAUUGAAGAAGAAAUGAAAAACUCCUUUUUCAAAAACCCGCCAUCCUCAUGGGGUGGGGGGGGAGGGGGGAGAUGAAAAAUAGAAUGUCCCGUGACAAGCCUCUCCCCCAUAGUGUACAUGUGAUCUAGUAAAUAUAAGUAUCAUAUCCUCCUUCCCACAAAAGAUAAACAGAGAUGAACUCUCUAUAGGUAUUUCUGAUGAAAUUGAAGUUGCGACAGGCACUGUUGAUGAUUAGAAGCAAUGAUCUAAGAGAUUCAACAAUCAUAAAGAGAAUGUUCAGUUCAUACCUUAUUCUUACCUGAAAAUAUUUUUACAGUUACUUCAAAAUACCCAUACGAAAAAAAAUUAAUAGCUGAGAGUAUAAACUCAACUAUCGUUAAUUUUAAUAAUUAUCAAUUUCAGGGUUUAGAUAUUCAACACGAGAGUAAACCAAAGCCUUCUUUCAACACAAAGUCUACUCUAAGUGACGAAGUUCUGUUGGAUCGCAUUCUAGGUACUAUCUAUGGAAAUUGCAUCGGAGAUGCUAUUGGCCUGCUGACUGAGUUCAUGACAAAGAAAGAAGCAAUGCAUGUAAGUUCAAUUUGAGGUAAAACCUCCAUUAUUUUACCUCUCGAGUUCAUAUUCCUUUCAAGGGCCUCAUACAGACCUUAUAUUUGAUCAUACCAUUGCACCACACCAAUUUUAAAGAGUUCACAUGGAGAUUGCAAAUGGCCAGCAAAACUAAAUGUCAUCCGAUUUUGUCAGUUGAGUUUAAGGCCUAUUAUUAUCUUGGCACUGAUUUUCCUUUAGAUAGAAAUUAGGCCAAAUAAUUAAUGUAUAUUUUCCAACAGGGCUGUUAUUUUAGGACUCCCAAACUAUAGUCGGGGUAUCCAAACAUGUUUAAUAAAAUAGCAUAUAAUGUCUCAACCAUAAAAAAAGCUUUAGAAUGAAAGUGCGCCAGAACAGGAUUUAAACAAUUGGCUUUAAUAUUUCUAGAAUUUGGUAACAUAAUAUUAUUGAAUUCAAAUAUUUUCCUGUCCAGUAGGGUCUGGUGCCCAGGCAGCACAGCGUACCUAGUUAAAUCCUACCCGAGUACCUCUCCCAGCACUAAAGAAAGGGGUCUGCCAAAUAAAACAAGAAAGGGGUCUACAUAUUGUGUAUACUGACCUUAAGGCUAAGUGUGGCAAAUGAUGCUUUCCAGACUUAAAAUUUGGAAAUAUUCCAGUAGAUGUAACAUGACCUUUAUUUGAUUGAUGCAAAUUUUUAGUGUAGCUUCACUAAAUGGCUAAUGUCUUCAAGGGAGAAAAAAAUUAAGAUCUCUAUAGCAGGUACUAACUAAAUAAAUAUUAAAUAAAUAAAUACACAAAACAAGAGAAAAAUUACUAAAACUAUAAUCAAACAUAUUAAGACUUUGUACACGUUGCUUAAAAUCAGGAAAAAUACUUUUCCUUAAUUCCUCAGGGAAAGCAUUCCAUUGUUUCGCAGAAAAAUAUGAAAAUGAGUGUAGACCAUUGAUUGUUGUUCUAGUCUUGCUAAGAGACAAUACAUGGCUACUGCGGUUAUAGGUUGUAUGGAGAAUAGCAAACAUAUUCCUCAUAUAGGUUGGAUACUGACUGAACAAUGAACUCUUGUAAACUGGUAUAAAAAAAAAAUUCUGAAUGCACUUGUUAUUCAAAGAAGUCAUUUCAACCUUGUUAAGCAAGGUCGUCUGUAUUCUCUGUCCGAUAAAUUACUAGAUUCAUCUCCAGCAGAUAAAUGUUGGGGGAAGUAUAUGUGAAACAUGAUGGAACCUUAUCCUAAUGCGCUGUGUUAGAACAGUAUCCAUGGCAACCUUGUUGGCAUCACCUUGCAGCAACCACCUGCCAGUAGUGAUGCACUUAAAGUAUAGUGGAAUACUACAACUGUAUAGACAAGGCUGUCAUGCUAUGCUCAGCGUUUUCCAGCGAAAACGCAGUCUAUAGUUGUCACAGAAGUAGCAGCAAUCAUUUGGAACAAAUUUAAAAGUUAAGCAAAUGUGGGUUGAUAAAGGUCUAUCCUUGUGACUCUGGAACUUCUUUCCUGGUUGGUCAAAGUGCACUUGAAUGCACUUUUCAGGGCCUUGGAAAGCCAUCAGACAGGGGCUGACUCCCUCCAGUACCUAUUCCACACCUUACUGUGCCUCGUUUAAGGUGCUCUGUGCUAUUUUAUCUUAUCUAUUUGCACCUAUUUAAUUUUUUUUCCUUCUACUGUUAAUUUUCUAGAGACCACUGCACGCAGAUAAUUAACAUAACCCAUUCAAGCCUCCGUAUCGUGACAUUAAUCAAAUUUCUACUCACAGUAUCUGGGCAUAAUCAUGGAAAGAAGUCAUGAUCGAGAUUUAAGACAAUGAUCAACCAAAACUCGUUCUACUGAUCUUUUAACAACUUCUCCCAACUUAUGCCAUGAGAAAUUUAUGGAGGCUAGUCAGAAGAGUUGGUGUGUUGCCUUUUGGAGAUUCCAAAAUACUCCCCUAAACCACCUCUAAUCUUCCCAGUCUUCUUGAUGUAAAGUUAAGAUUAGACUCUGUUUUUUAAUCUCAGAUUUAUGGUAAUUACUACGAGAAGACCACGUUUCAAAAAGUUAAGGAAACGCUUACCCAUCCCAAAAUGCCAAACUUGGAGUAUGACAUGAAGUAUAGGGAUUUCCAUCGCGAGAGGUUUGACACUGGUGACUGGACAGACGACUCAGAUCAAAUGAUUCUUAUUUUACUCUCUCUUGUGGAAAACAGUGGGAAGGUUAGGUUAUGCAGUCAAAUGUUUAUUAAGCGCACCCCAUAUUAAGCGGAAACAUAGCUCAGUCUGUUUCAAACGUUUCUUCCUAUAUAUUUUAAGAAAAAUGGACUUCUUUUAAUGGGCAUAAGCGAAGGUUUAAAGGACUGCUAUAACCGUAGAAGGGGUUGUACCAGUUGUACGUGAAGAAGAAAGUGAGUGAGUGACUGCGUGCGUGAGUUCGUUUUGUACGUCAAUGAGGAAGUAAUUCGGCUUGCAGAAGUUGCUGUCAAUACGUGUAAUUCUCUGAAGAGUUCGGCUCACCAGCUAAACCAUAUUUUGAACAGCGACAAAAAUAUGGAAGGUCCUGUGACUUAAAAGGAGCUAGAGUUUUCUUCAGGGAUAGUAAAGUCAGCAAAAUAGGCAUGCGCACUAAAAUUCUCAACCACGAGGAAGGUGACACACAUAAGGAAGCCAAAACGACUGCCUGUUAAACUAUGGGAUCGGUCAUAACGAUCCUACUUAAAACUGGGGGACUAGCUGGACUAGUUUCAAGAAGAUCUCUCUGUCAAAAUGGGCCCACGAUGCAUCAAACCGCAGAUUUAAGGAUUGGACCGUAUCCUUAACAAACGUACCUAUUAAGCCAUGCCCCAGUCCCACCCGUAGAGUUCGCAAAGUCAAGUUGGGUGGGGAAGGGGAUGCGCUUCGUAGCAUUACAAGGGAGAACUUGCGGAUCAUUAUUAAGCCAAGAAAGAGAAAAAAGCAGAAAAGGUUAAAUAAUCUGUUUAUAGAUGAAAUCAAUUGAUCAGUUAAUCUCUUUCCUUUCCUCACUGGCAGAUGGAUCCCGUGGAUUACGCAGGACGGUUGAAGAAGUGGUCCAGGGAAGGUUUUAAAGAACUUGGUGACAUGGGUGGAAUGGGUAUCGGUAGCACCACACACUCCGUUCUACGUCAUCCUCAGUUUCUGACGGAUCCACACGAGGUAUAGCCUGCAGAGCAGACGUUCUUAGUGUUUCGUCGCGCGUUUCUUCCGCGUGAUGAACCCUAAGGACUUCUGAGUGGGUGGCUACACGAGGUAUAUACGGUAGUUGUCGAUGAUUUCAAAGAACAGUUGCCUACUAGCUAGACUACGAGUAGUCCCCAUAUUUCCUCAGGGCUAGUAGAGCGAGCGAAACGCGAGCGCGCGUGAAGAUCACCCCACGCGAGAAAAGGCGUCACGCAGACGUUCUUAGUGUUUCGUCGCGCGUUUCCUCCGCGUGAUGAACCCUAAGGACUUCUGAGUGGGUGGCUACACGAGGUAUAUACGGUAGUUGUCAAUGAUUUCAAAGAACAGUUGCCUACUAGCUAGACUACGUAGUCUACCUACGAGCAUGCUCUCCAAUUUUUGCGAGGGAAGCGAGCUGCGAGAGAACGCCCCUCGCACUCUCGUGUCCUUUCGCGUGCGGCUUUCACGACUACCCCAAAUGGAGAGCUUGCUCAGGGGCGAAAAGAACAGUACCUUCUAAAGAUCAUAAACCAUAAAACUAUUAGACCAAAGGGCAUUCUGGGAGAUGCUUUCUCAGUUUCUGUUAAGGCCCUGUUCACUCUGCAGCUUUAUACAAUGUGGUGAAUGACACGUGCACACACGGCAACUUUUCUGUUCAUUGUAUAAGACCAAAAGAUUCCAUGUUGCCGUGGAACUGUUCAGUAAAAAAUUAGGCUGAUUUAGCAACAGGACGGGAACGUCAGUUGGCGACGGGAAAGCGCGCGGAAAGGACUAAACACGACUUCCGGUGCCCAAUUUGCCGCUCUGUCAUUGGUCAAGCCAGUUGUUUGAUUUGUGCGCAUCGUUGUCAACUGACGUUCUCGUUCUGUUGCUAAAUCAGCCUAAUAGAUCAGAGAAGAUGUCAAAAUGUGUGUUAAGAAAAUCUGGAUCAGUGACACACUACCAUGUUGCCCGUGCGCCCUUUUAUUGUUCUAAACCACAUUUUGACGUCACCUGUGAUCAAGUGCUGAAGAGACGCACGGCAACAUGGAAUCUAUUUGUUAAGUACGAGACUAUCCUCGGAGAGCCAGGGGCAGCUGGUCGGGAUGAUAGAAUGUUCUUGGUGAAAGGUUACCAUAAGAUCCCGACUAGCUGCCCCUGGGUCGUUGAGGAUGGUACCAGACUCAAUGGUCGAUAAAUAUUAACUGUCCAUAGCCUGCAUGACAGGUGUUUGAAGGGAAAGAGAAAAUUAUUAUAAUAAGUGUAAUAAGGCGCGAGGAAGGUGAUGAAAUGAAAUGAAAAUCCCUCUCACCCUCGAUGUUAUUUACCCUCCUUUUGUUCGUAAUGAAAGGUUAAAUUUGUGGAUUUUUUUUUAAAGUUUUGAUCGCUGUUACGAACUGUUUGACCGAUUUUAGGCUGCCAAGUACGUAUGGGAAUUUUCUGGCCGCUAUCUGGCUCCUAACGGAGGUGUCAUGCGCACUUCAGUUCUUGGAAUACAUGACUUUGGUAAUAUUGAUGGAGUAAUAAGUAACACAAUGGCCGCUUGUAAGGUCACGCACGCAGACCCAAGAUGCGUUGCGUCGUGUGUUGCCGUGACAACAGCAGUUGCAAUAAUGUUACAAGGGAAGCAUAUGAAGCCAACUGGAGGGUAUGAUGUUGAGGCAGUAAUCAAGGAGGCAUAUGAAUACGCCUGUACAGCGCUUGAAAGCAAACAGGAGGUAAUUUUCUUACAUUCUUUACUGGGUUUAGACCUUCCCCGUGGUGAUGGGCGUGUAAAGGACUCAAAGCUCCCAUGAAAGUCACCCCACCCCUCCCCCAUGCGAGGCGCAAUCCCUACUAAAGAGAUCACUGUCAGAAAUUGUUACGCCAAUAGAGGUUAUCAAAAUUCUUUGUACAAAAUCGAUCAUGUUUUCCCCAAAUUUUCGAUGGCUUAAGAGUAGCUGUUGAUUACUAAAAAUUUUGAUUAUUUAUAAUAUUGACUUUGCACAGCCAAUGAAUGUGUUUACCGUCCCUAGAGGUUCUUUUACGUCUUAAAGAGUCAAUUAAGUGAAGUACCGGUGUUUUUAGAUGGGGCCAGGAUGGUCUUUCUUUCGUAUUUGCCAAUGUAGUGGUAGAAAAAUUGGAUGGUUGUGGGGUGAUCGCGUUGCAUUCCAUGAAACAGCAAGCUAGAUUAUGUUAAUUGAAACGUAAUGACGACAAAAAGGUUAAAGAAUUAUCGCAACAGGGUUCUGCAAACAAACAGUGGUAUUUUCGAUUGUUAGAAGAGUCAAUGAAGGUUGUUUAAAAUGUACUGAAAACAAACGAACUUAACUAUUUACCUGCCUUAAGUCUCAACGAGCUUGGUACAAUAACAAAGCGGGAACAUCUUCGUAAUGUUUUGGUGGAGUUUUUAGAACUGCAUUGGACUUGAAGAACCCAGUUAAAAAAAAAAAGAAGAAGAAAAACGAACGCCCUGACGAGCCAGUUCUGAGAAACGGGUAAGCACGUAAUGCGGCAAUAAUGGACUUCUUAUGAAGGGCCGAAAGAGUCUUGGAACUGUUGAUUUUUUUUUCUUAACACCUAAAUGAUAACCAUAUAGGCGGGUGCGAGAAGAUGGGUCCUAUUUUCUCUCUUUAGAAACAAGACCUGAAGGAGUACAUGUUUGCCAAAGCACUGAAUGAUCUACAGCUCGACGAAAGUGGUAAAAUAGGUUACACUUACAAAUGUAUGGGGGCAGGAUUUUGGGCGCUGAGGCAAGAAAACUUCCGAGAUGCACUAGAAGCCAUUGCUUUCGAGGUAAUGAGAGUGAACUGUUGUAAAACAAUAGGUGUGCGAACGGGUGGUCAACGGACCGGGAGGGUUACAAUGUAUGACAAUUGAGUAACCGCAGAAUCUCAUAAGGGGCUGAAACGUGUAGCUCCUGCAUCUCUGCUUUGUACGAUGCUUGUGAAUAUUCAUCUUCGCAAGUACUGUAUUCGUAAACGACGUGACGCAAUUUUACUCCACGCUUAAAAAUAGCUCGCGUAAGGAACAACGACGGCGACGGCUACGAAAAAUCACUUCGGCUGACGGACGGGCGGACGGGCGGACGGACGGGCGGACGGGCGGGCGGACGGGCGGAUGGCUUCGUAGGCUAUAUGACAAGUCGCUAAAAGACUUGUCGCUGGUCAGUUUUGUUUCCCCUUGUGCUCCGAUCCAGUUUUCGUAAGUGUUUCUGAUAGGCUC